CCAUAAUGAACAUCAUCAACCAAAACCUUUAGUUCACUUACUUACUAGCUCUACACUACUGCUUACUACACCCUUAGUACUAACUUCUAAGUAUUCUCUCAGCUCCAAGUUAGAGAUGGACAUGGUGGCAAGGUUGGUGGACGAGAAGCCGUUGGUGAUCUUCAGCAAGAGUUCGUGCUGCAUGAGUCACUCGAUAAAGACAUUAUUGUACGACUUUGGGGCAAACCCUACGGUGUACGAGCUCGAUCAAAUGCCGAACGGGCAGCAGAUCGAAAGGGCGCUGCUGCAGCUCGGGUGCAGGCCGAGUGUACCUGCUGUAUUCAUAGGGCAACAGUUUAUCGGUGGUACGAAUACGGUGAUGAGUCUCCAUAUGCAGAAUAAGCUUGUGCCGUUGCUCAUGAGGGCAAAAGCUAUAUGGAUUUGGAACAACAAGUAGUGUUGGUUUAGGCAUAUAUAUGCGACUGACUUCUAUAGAUAUUGAUAAACGGGUUCUAUGUAUUAAUGAAGAGCCUCUUUUUUGAAUUUCCUCUUUGGCCAUUGAGGCUCUUUCUGUGUUUUUCUUUCGGUUACUGGUAAAAUCAAUACUAAAAUGAGAAGUUGAGAACUAUAA